AUGAGGACAGCUCGGCACAUAAUCUGCUACAGGAACAGGCAGCAAUCUCUGUUCACAUCAGUCACGCUGUUGUCCCUCUGUUACCUGGUGCUGCUGUACCCUUCCUACCACAAGCAGCAGGAUAUCUGGAGAUAUUACAGAAUGUCUGAGGAUCACGUUGUGCGCCUGCACAAUCGAAGCCAGCGGAUAGUCUCUGGUGCCUGCAAAGCAAACUCCAGCUGGUCCAAAUUCUCUGUGCUGUAUUCGGGGAAGCAGCUGGCCAGGAUUCCUGUAUUUGUGCAGAAAGAGAUGAUCCCACGUCCGGGCACCACAUCUUACAGUCCGCCACUGGGCUUCAGAGGUUGUGAGGAGCAGCUGCAAGAAGUCAUGGAGAUGCUGCCACAAGCCGGGCUUCCAAUGGGGGUGGCGCAGGGCAGCUGCUUGAGGUGUGUUGUCAUAGGGAACGGUGGCAUUCUGCGAGGCAGCAGGCUUGGGACCUACAUUGACCAACACAACAUCAUUAUCAGGAUGAAUAAUGGGCCUGUGAUAGGUCACGAGGACGAUGUGGGAUGGAAGACCACAUUGAGGAUCACAUAUCCAGAAGGUGCUCCCCUGUCUCCCUGGGAAUAUGAUUCAAACUCACUUCUUGUGGUGGUGACGUACAAAAGCACAGACCUUGCUUGGCUAAAGGCAAUGGUCAGGAAGGAGUCAAUGAAUCUUUGGCAGAAGAUGUGGUUUUGGCAAUCGGUGGUUGAGUCAAUCCCUUUAGAACCAACAAACUAUCGAGUAUUAAAUUUGGAUGUCGUCAGAGAAGCAACACUGAAUCUCUUGGGCUUCCCAGAGCCUCAUGACAAUCAUUGGACGUGGAAGCAGGUGUUUCCAACACAGGGAGUGAUUUCCAUCGUCACAGCCCUGUACUUGUGUGAUGAGGUUAACGUUGCUGGUUUUGGCUAUGACAUGUCUCGGCCAGACCUGCCUUUACAUUAUUAUGAAACAGUCCGGAUGAAUGCGAUGAACGCUCAGGCUGUGCACAAUGUGAACCGAGAAAAACACUUCCUGGUUUCUUUAGUGAAAGCCAAUGUUGUUAAUGACCUUACUGAUGGGAUCAGCUGGUAGAAUGGGUACUGGAGAUCCACAGCCUACAGCUGAAGUCUCGAUCUUUUAAACACUUAAAGCGAAGGAAUAUUUCAGCAACAUUCUUCAUGUUGCGGCAAACAUCUUCAAGCACAGACAAAUUCCAGACAAACUACACAGUGUUCUUCCUGCAGCAUUUUCCAAACAAAAGCAAUGCACAUUUAAGCAGAAAUUUGUCGCACAACUGUUAUGGAAGGGUAAGUUAACCAAGAGUUGGUAUAUUCGCAGGCAGUUGUC